AUUAACCAGAUAUUUUAAACAAAUAUUCUGGAAAGGAUGUUCAUUUCUAUGCACUCAAUACUUGGUUGAGCCUCAGUUUGCAUGAAUUACUGCAUCACUGUGACAGGGCUCAGAGGGAUCAACCUGUGGCACUGCUCAGGCGUGAUGAAAGCCCAGGUUGCUUUGACAGCAGUGUUCAGGUCAUUUGCAUUGUUGGAUCUGGUGCCUCUCAUCUUCCUCUUGACAAUAGCCAAUAGAUUCUCUUUGGGGUUCAGGCCAGGCCAGUUUGAUGGCCAAUCAAGCACAUUAACACCAUGGUCAUUGAACUUGAUUUUGACAGUGUGGGGUCUUGUCAACUAGUCCUGCUGGAAAAUGAAAUCAGCAUCUCCAUGAAGCUUACCAGCAGAAAGAAGCAGGAGGUGCUCUAGAAUGGCUGCAUUGACUGAGAACUUCAGAAAACGGAGUGAACCGACACCCGGCAAAUGACAUGGCAGCCCAAAUCAUCACAGACUGCUGAAACUUCACACUGGACUCCAAGCCACGAUUCUGAGCCUUCACUCUUCCUCCAGACUCUGGGAUCUUGAUUUCCAAAUGAUAUGCAAAAUUUACUUUAAUCUGAAAAAAGGAGGCCCAACCAAGUAUUGAGUGCAUAGAAAUGAACAUACUUUUGAGAAGCAUUAUAUUUUUGUUUAGAAUAUUGUUUUUUGCUGAUCUUAUAUAAUAUAAAAAUUUUAUGAGACACUGAAUUUUGGAUUUUUACCUAUAUCAUAUAUGAACUUGACUUUCUGUCAUGAGUGACAUAAAAUAUUGAACAUUUUCAUGAUAUUGUAUUUUUUUGAGACAUGUCUGUAUGUGCCUGCCUAAAGGGAUCAAUCAGUCAAAAAUUUCUGUUUAGUUCACAUAUGACCUGAAACUUGUGUGAUUAUGUUGUCUUUUUAUUUCUGAGAGACUUUGAGCAGGCAAGCAUCACCAUGCAGAAUCAGUGUUGUAGAAACAGACUAAAUAAUUUCCAAACUUUGUCUCUGAAAAUGCAACAAAUACGUUUAACUUUGAGAUGCACAGGUGUAGCAUAACCCUGCCAUGAAGUGGCUCUCCAGGCAUGUCUUGGCAUGUGUAGGCAUGUCUAGGCAUGUCCCAGGACAUGUCUGUGAGAAAAUAUUGUGCAUUUCAGAAUUUAAUACAUACAUUUGAUACAUUUUUAAAGCAAUAUCUUGUGGAUCAUUAAGAACCUUGAGCUUCUGACUGAGUUGUACUUCAGUAGUUUAUUUAUUGUGUGCUGUAUAUUGGUUGUGAGUGGUUAUGGUCACUCCCACCAAAGAGUUAGUUUUUAAAUCAUAUUGAUAUCAUACAGAACCUAAAGACAAAUUGUCAUCGUAAGUACAACUACUGUUCAGUUACUAACAUGAUUCUUUUUACCUUUAUUUCCCUUUUAACUUCUGUAGUCACAUUUUCAUUUUUAAAUGGAUGUGUACAAAAUAUAAAAAAGUUCCUAAGUGAAUAGUUUACUUUGGCCUCACCUUUUACUUUUGCCUGUAGCACAGUGUUAAUGGUUAGACAAAAAGGUGCAUUCCAAUUUUAGGACAGUCAUCUGAUGUCUGGCAUAAACAUCAGAGUUAAUCUAGAGUGUCUUUUUUGCUCAUUGGUCUGGUUUACUUUUAUUUACUGAUUGACCUGUUCCGUUUCUGUUGACCAUCUUAGAAUAUAUUAGAAAGUUCCUAUGUUGCUGCUGUGUUAUUAUACUAGCAGGUUCCUAUUUGGUGGUGGUUAUCGCCCCCUACUGGUAGAAGCAGUGCCGUUAAAGUCUGCUGGUGCUUGAGUGCUCAUUUAGCUGUGAGUAACCGUCUGGGAGGGAGGGAGAGAAUCCAGUGAGGAAAGGUGUGCUCCUGCGUCACUGUAAGUAUCCCUCGGUAUGUUUAGUCUGAUAACAUCAUCCGGUAUCAGUACUGAGUGUUUCUGUUGAUUAUUGGAAGUUCUUGCCGUAUGUUUCAGUCCUGUGUUUAGAUGCUAAUAGCCAUGCUAAUAUUAGCUUGCAGUGACUGAUAUAUUAAUUGGUAUUCGGACAUUUUCAUAACAUAGUGUGAGUUUCUGUUAAAUGCAUUGUGUACCAAUCUCAAAAGACGACUGGGUUAUUAAUUUCAUCUACAUAAAUCAAAGUAGUUUCUGGAAGUCAUUGUUAUUUGAACCUGGAGAGUUUGUACUUUUGUAAUUUCUGGCCAGCAGGUGUCACUGUUGACCAGUUAUUCAAUAUGCAUGUGUUCUGGUAAAUCCCAUCAGUAUUGAGUUUAUUUCUUGUUUAAGACUGAUUCUGUUCUGAUUGUUGUUAGUUAUUCAUAUCGAUGUUAUAUAUCUUUUUCCCAUUAGUUUAAUGAUUAUUGCUUUGUUGUUGUAGGACCACAACACAAAUACAAAUAGAAACUCCCACCGGCUCAGUUAUAAAAGAAGCCAAAUGUCUGCCUUUAAUCCCUCCAGGGUUCUUGUAAUAAAGUAGAAGUGACUUAAGAAUCCCGAGCGUCCUGACGCACUCCCAGAGGAUCUGAUCUACAUAUCACAGGAUCCAUCAGCUCUGAUCUCCAGCAUCCAACAUCUCUACCAUGGUCGGUCAAGAGAUACUGACAUUUUCCGCAAUUGCUGAGAAUGUCAGGCGAGUUUUUUGCAACAACACCCUCAUCCCCAUGGACAGCGCCCCAAAGUGCUCCGGCCCUCCACCACUCGGUGGUGUCUGUCUUUGCAACGGCUACGCAUUUGUGUCAGCCUUCACGGAGUCCCAGUGUGAAUUCGAAGGGAGUGGUGGUUACAUCCCACCAAAGCCAGUUUAUGACUUCGGCAGCAUGUGUAAGCUGUCCAUUGGUGAGGUGUCCAGUGGUGAGGUGUCCAGUGAUUACCUGAUCCCAGUAGCUAUCGUGGUGAUUCUGGCCAUCAUAGUUUUGGUCAGUUGCACUGGCUUGGUAUUGUUGCUGCAAGAAGUGAUGCUCACCCUGCAACUGAAACGGUGCGCUGUAACUUCUCCGUUGAAGGCAGGUGAAGAUCUGGAGGCAGCAGCAAUGGAUCCUUAUCUCCCCCUUCGCCGGAUAGUCCUGCUCCAUGCUAUCAUCACAAGUUCUCCGUGGGUCCCCCCUAUGUUUCUUUGUUUUAUUUCUCUGAGUUUGUCUACACCUUCGACUGCGUUUCAGCCUUUCGCAAUGCUUUUGAGUCCUCGCCUUCGUGACAGGAUGAUUCAGUUGGAACACAUCACACCUUUUUGUCUUGUAUGUUUGGUAUAUAUGGAAAAGGAAUUUAAAAAAAGUCAUGUUAAAGCCAUAAAACAACUGCAACCCCAAAAAUCUAACAGAGAAAACUUAAACAGCUACAAAUGGCUCAAAAAGGUUGAAAUAAUUUAUUCCCAUUGACUGUGUGACAGAAUGUAUUUUGCCUAAAUGUAUUGCAGCUGGCCCUGUUGCACUGAUUGAAUCCUGUUGUUUAAACCAGCACAAUAGGUGAAAAACCUAGGCGUGGUUUUCUAAUCUGAGCUGAAUUUUAUUCCACAUAUUAAAGGGGCUGUAUCAUGCAAAAUUAACUUUUUGUAUGUUUUAACCUUGUUAUAUAGUUAUGUACUCACCAAAAACACCCCCA